AUGGACAUGGUGCCUUCCUGGGCUAGUGACAGGAUUGUUACUUUAGUGAAAGAUGUUAUUGAUUCGAUUGAGCAUGGAAAGGUUGAAUAUGCCGAGUUCAAGGGUGGGUCUUCAGUAGUCAGCAUGCGUACUAAUGUGUCUUUUGCUGGGGAAGCUCGCGUGAGGCCAUCAAUACGCCAUAUCCUCGCCCAAGCUCCCCACAACCUACCCUUUGCAAUCAACGCCACAUCUCGAGAAUCCGCAUCCCCAGACGUCAAACCACAGCACAGCAACAUCAUCUACUUCAAGACCCUUGACACUAUAUCACCGUCAACCCUCCAAAACCUCAUCUCGAAGAUCAAUUCCUUGGUAGAUGUUCUGAACAACGACGCCGACCAGGAAUACUGCUACGAGAACACUGUCAAAACUUUCGACGACGGAUAUUGGGAGGUUGGGGGUAAGGGCAGGUUCGGGAAGGAUAUGUUGGAUGGCGCGAGGAUACCGGUGAGGUUGGCGGUUGGUGAUGUUGGUGGCGUGAGGGGAAGUUGAGGGGAAGUUGAGGGAAUAGUGGAUGUUGGAGCUUUUAGUGUAUGGAAAGUUAGGACGUGGCUUGCUUCUCUCACUUCAAGCCUACAGGAAAGGCUUCGUCCUUGAAAAAUAAAGUUAGUGUGAUGAGGACGAAGUUU